GCAUUGUGUAGUGUAACUCUCAUUUGGUUACUCCGUAAGGUUGAGUGAGAUACCAGUACCAAAGAGAAGAUGUCUUUUAUAAAAGUUGACGCAGCUUCUGAUUUCUCAAUUCACAAUCUUCCCUAUGGAAUAUUCUCCACCUCUGACAAUCCCAAACAUCGCAUUGGUGUUGCCAUUGGAGACCACAUUCUGGACCUGAGUGUAAUAAAGUCUUUGUUUCAAGGACCUGUGAUUUCCAAACAUCAGGAUGUCUUUGACCAGCCCACGCUGAAUGCUUUCAUGGCUCUUGGUUAUGAGGCCUGGAAGGAAACCAGAAAGACUUUGCAAGUGUUGCUGUCAGAUUGUGAAGGUACACUGAAAGAUGACGUCAGCCUUCGGAGCAGAGCAUUUGUCCAUCAAAGUGCAGCCACCAUGCACCUUCCUGCAGACAUCGGUGACUACACUGACUUCUACUCCUCAAGAGAUCAUGCUACCAAUGUUGGCAUCAUGUUCCGGGGAAAGGAGAAUGCUCUGAUGCCUAACUGGCUGAGGCUUCCAGUGGGAUACCAUGGUAGAGCUUCAUCAGUGAUUGUAUCUGGGACCCCCAUCCGCCGCCCCUCAGGCCAAACAAGACCUGACCAAACAAAACCUCCAGUGUUUGGCCCAUCAAAGCAGUUGGACAUUGAGCUGGAGAUGGCAUUCUUUGUAGGAGGAGGGAAUCGGCUAGGGGAACCCAUUCCUAUCAACAAAGCCCAUGAGCACAUCUUUGGAAUGGUACUCAUGAAUGACUGGAGUGCUAGGGAUAUCCAGUCGUGGGAGUAUGUUCCACUGGGACCUUUCUUGGGGAAGAACUUUGGGACAACCAUCUCCCCUUGGGUCGUUCCCAUGGAGGCUCUGUUACCUUUUGCAGAACCUAACCCAGUCCAGGAUCCAGAACCCCUUCCAUACCUGCAACACCAUGAUGCUUACACUUUCAACAUCAACCUAUUUGUGUCACUACAAGGACAGAACAUGGCCGAGCCCAAAAACAUCUGCAAGUCAAACUUUAAGUACAUGUACUGGACCAUGAAGCAGCAGCUCACCCAUCACACAGUCAAUGGCUGCAAUGUCAGACCAGGAGACCUGCUGGCGUCUGGUACCAUCAGUGGCCCUGAUCCAGAGAGUUUUGGCUCCAUGCUUGAGCUAUCAUGGAGAGGAUCUAAGACCAUUGAUCUUGGAGGAGGACAAACUAGAACCUUCUUGAAUGAUGGAGAUGAAGUCACCAUCACAGGUUACUGUCAAGGAGAUGGAUACAGAGUGGGCUUUGGACCCUGCCGAGGAACCGUCCUCCCUGCUCUGUCAAACUGAAACGUACUGUUUUUACUGAUUUAUGUAGGCAUUUUUGUCGAGAUGAAGACCCAGACUCACACAGCUGCAGCUUUGAAGACUACAACAAACUUUGCUCACGCACAUCCCCACACCCCUCACUCACAUCGCUCUCUUAAUGCUACCAGUGUCAAUUAAUAAUUGAUGAGCUUUUUUCUGAUUCAGUCAAUGUAGUCUCAGAGCUUUGUAGAGUUGUAAAGUGACCUUGUUACUGAAAUCCUCUGAAAUAUUCAUCCAGCAGAGGGAUUCUCCCAUAUCAUGACACAGUGUUACUGCCCUGCCAAGAUCAGUGUUAUUGAUGACUUCAUGGACUGGCUCCCAAUUUAUAAAGACAUCAGCCAUUUUAA